AUUAGCACCUAUAUACUCGUGUGUCCCCACGCGACCUGCACCAGCGUCAUAACUCUAGAAAUUCCAAACUUCUUAUUUUACUCGUGAAUUACCCCACAAAACACUCAACUAAACUCACACUCCCUUUAUUUAUAUACUUGUAUGAAUUUUGAUGAUAUUCCUAAAAAUAAUAAUAUGCUCAAUCAAUCUUCUCAAUAAUCAAACAAUGGCGAGAUCAACGGUGGAACUCGAUUUCUUCAGCAUGGAGAAAGAGUCCAGUACUACUAAUUCAAAAUUUGAAUAUAUUAAUAGUGUAAUUUCAAAGAUCGAUUCUACUGAAUCGGCGAAUGCUGUAGCAACGGCAAAAGGGAUGAGCCUCCCUGAUUAUCCUUUGUUGCCCAUUUUUAAUCCUACUUCAAGGCUUUGUUGUUGCUUGGAAAACGGUACGAAAAUUGCACCUUUGACUAUUUUCUACGAUGGAACGGCUGCGGUUUUCCAUGUUACUAAUGACGAGGCGGAGGAUAUUCUAAAGUUUGCAGAAAGGACAAAAAUAAUGAAUACCUUUUCGUCAAAAAAACAAUUGUUUGUGGAAACAUUAAGCGGAGAUUUAUCAUUCGCGAGAAGAAACUCCUUGCUUAGAUUCUUGGAGAAGCGAAAAGAGAGGCUAACUAUGGUGUCACCUUAUGGCUUCUUCCAGUCCUCUAGAAACAAGAAUUAGCAGAAGAUAUGAGUAUCAUAUAUACAAAUACUGCUAAUCAUAUACAUAUAUGGAUCUUAAUGGAAAUGUUCAUUUUGGGAUUUGGUACUACUAGUCUUAUGUUGCUAAAUGUUAGCUUUCCCAGUCAAAAAUGGAAUAUAACUAGCAGAAUAGACGGUUCCGUAACCAAAUUUUUCUUUCUCA